AUGAAUAUUUGCAUUUAAUUUAACGAAAUUGUGAUCUAAACUAUACGAUAGAAUAAUAUCAAUAAUAAUGAAAAAAUUCCGAAGAAGAAAAUAUUUGAAUUGAAAUAUAUAUCAAAUAGGAUGUAAUUCUUGAACAUUUGUAUUUAUGCUGGUGGUCAUCAUCCAUCUCUAUCUUCUGGCUAAGUGUCAGAUUAAUUUAAUAAUGAAAGUAGUAGCAAUUAUAUUUUUGAAGCAAAACUUGAUGUAAGACUUAAAAGUAAAUGA